AUGUACAGUGGUGAAGAAAAUUUCUUUACGGUGCAGUAUAUUGAAAGGUUCAUCGCACAAUGUGGAGAAGUUGGUCCUAGCCCUUGGUUGAGGAUGAUAUUAUUCUUUAGUUCUCUUACCGGGGCGGCGUUUGAAUGGUAUAGCAACUUACCAGCCAACUCUAUCCAGACUUGGGAUGAAAUGAAGGAAGCCUUCCAUACCCAAUUCUACCGAACAGAGACAGAAGCUACACUGGCAGACAUAUCUCGAUUAUCUCAGUUGCCGAGUGAAUCGAUUGAGACUUUUGUUGCCAGGUUCAGAAAGGUUAAACUCAAAUGCCGAGUAAGUUUGCCAGAACCAAAAUAUAUCAAGUUAGCAUUAAAUGGUUUAGACAUUGAGCAUCGCAAGAGGGCUUCUCGGUAUGAGGAAAUACUAAAAGAAGAGAAAGAGAGAAAGAAUUCUUCUAAGGGUACUUGGUAUAAGGACCCUAAUUAUGAGGUAUUCUCGGCAGAAGUUGGAGAUGCAUUAGAGGUUGACGUUACAGAAGUCAAUAUCAAAAAGCCAUACGUUUGUGAAGCGUUAGUUAAACCUAAACCGACCACAGGGGGUAAUUCAUCAACAUCAACAUCGGCAGCAAGGAAAGGUCCUACCGAUAUCGGGAAAAGCUAUUCUUUCGACUUGUCAAAAACAUAUCAAAUCUUUGAUCACUUGAUGGCCGAUAAAAUGAUAUCUUUACCUAAAGGGCAUAGGAUUCCAUCGGCAAGUGACUUGAAAGGAAAAGAGUAUUGUAAGUAUCAUAACUCUUGGAACCAUGCUACUAAUGAUUGUACUGUUCUACGAGGUGUGUUGCAGAAAGCUAUUGACGAAGGCACUUUAAAAUUCCCGAGAAAACUUUAG